AUGAAUGAGUUUCGUAGUUGGAUCUCUGAUAAUGGUUUGGUGGAAGCGGAUACUAUUGGGAAGAAAUAUACUCGGACUAAUUGUUGGAGUGGAAUACAUAGAAUCGUUUCUAAGCAUGAUAGGGCAGUUAUAAACGAUGCUUGGUAUGAUAAAUAUGCAAACUGGAGAUGCAAAGCUUUGCCAAGAAUAUGCUCGGAUCAUUCCCCUUUGAUUGGCUUUGCUUUUGACAGUCCUAGGCCGAAUAGAUCUCCUUUCAGAAUCCAAAAAAUGUGGCUAUCUCAUCCAUCUUUUAUGAAUUUUGUUGAGGAGAAUUGGAGUAUAAGGCUGGAUGGUGCUCCUCCUUUUGUUUUUACUUCGAAGUUAAGAAGACUUAAGGAUGCGCUUAAGAUUUGGAACAGAACUGUUUUUGGAGAUGUUCAGUUUCGUUUGAGGCAAGCUGAAUUGAUUCUUGAAACCGAGAGUGAUAUUCUGGAUCAACAAGUUAGUAGUGAGGUACAGUUUUUGAAGGUUGCGGAUGCUAGAAAUGCUGUUGAUGAGGUGCGCACUGAAUUGGCGGUCAUGCUAAAACAAAAAUCGAGAACUUCUUGGUUGGAAGAUGGUGAUCAAAAUACUCGAUUUUUCCAUAACAGCAUCCGCAUGAGGAGGAGUCAAAACACUAUUUCUAAACUGAAGAUUUCUUCUAACUCUACUUUGAUUUUGCAGGAUGAAACAAAGGAUUACAUUGUUGAUUAUUACCGUGCUAAAUUCAAUGGUGGAGACGUGCAUAUUGAUCCGAGGCUGUUUGAGUAUGAUCAUGAGCGCAUUUCAGCUGUUGAAUGUGCUUUUAUGGAUGUUAUACCAUCUAUGGAGGAGGUUAAGGGAGUUGUUUUCCAUUUAGGCGCUGAUUCUGCACCUGGUCCUAAUGGCUUUACAGGUUCUUUGUAUAGGCAAUGUUGGAACAUUAUUUCAAAAGAUCUCUUUAAUGUUAUUACAAAUUGUUGGGCGAUGCGGAAAAUCCCUAAUGGCAUUAACUCAAGUUUUAUUGUUCUAAUCCCAAAGAAUAAAAAAUCUGAUGCUAUCAAAGAUUAUAGGCCAAUUGGCUUAAGCAACUUAUUCUUCAAGAUCAUUACGAAGAUCAUGGCUACCAGACUUGGUACGGUGCUUAAUAAAUUGAUUUCUGAAGAACAAGUGGCGUUUAUGAAGGGAAGAAAUAUACAUGAGAAUAUUGCUUUGGCGUCGGAGAUGAUCAAUUAG